AUGAUGCUCACCAAAACACUAGUAGCCCUGGUGGCCGCGGCACUGGCACCCCACACCGCAGCCGGCCACGCCCACCACGCCCACCAUGAUACCCGAGACGUGUCGUCCGCCGCCUACGGCCCCGCCCCCGGCCACCCCCGUUUGCUGUUCGACGAGGCCGAGCUCUACCAAAAAAUGGGCAUUCUGGGCGACCGCGACACCGUCAACGUGACCGAACAAGAGCUCCAUCGACGAACCAUCACCAAGGAACACACCCGACACUCCCACCACGAGCACAAGAAACGAGGAGGCCAAUGCGCCUUCCCCACCAACGAGGGCCUUGUGUCUGUGGACCCUAGCGGAGAAAACGCCGGAUGGGCCAUGUCGCCUGACCAGCCCUGCGAGCCCGGCAAAUACUGCCCCUACGCCUGCCCCCCCGGCCAGCUCAUGGGUCAGUGGGACCCCAAGGCCACCUCCUACUCCUACCCUCUGUCCAUGAACGGAGGCAUGUUCUGCAACAAGAACGGAGAGAUGGAGAAGCCCUUCCCCAACAAGCCCUGCUGCUACGAGGGAACCGGCACCUUUGUGGCCCGAAACAAGUGCGGCAAGCAAGUCUCGUUCUGCCAGACGGUUCUGCCUGGUAACGAGGCCAUGCUGAUCCCCACCGAGGUGGGGUCCGGAUCCACCGCCGUCCUCGCCGUCCCCGAUACCAACUACUGGGCCGGAACCGCUGCCCACUUCUACAUCAACCCUCCCGGAGUCGACACCGCCACCGCCUGUGUAUGGGGAACCCUCAACAACCCCUGGGGUAACUGGUCUCCCUACGUUGCUGGAGCCAACCAGGACGGCAACGGAAAUACCUUUGUCAAGAUCGCCUGGAACCCCAUCUACCUUGAGCCCGCCACCCCCUUCCGAAACACCCUGCCCAACUGGGGUGUUCGAGUCGUCUGUGACGAGGGAUCCAACUGUAACGGACUGCCUUGUUCCAUCGACCCCCGAAAGAACAAGGUCAACGAGGUGACCGCUGAGGAUGCUGCCCAGGGAGAUGGCGCCUCGUUCUGUGUCGUCACCGCCCCCAAGGGCUCCAAGGCCUAUAUCGAGGUCUUUGAGAUUGGAAAUGAUGGCAACUCUGGUGGAAACGGUGGCAAUGGUGGAAACAGCGGCUCUAGCUCUUCCUCCUCCUCUGCCCCCGCUUCUUCCUCCUCUGCCCCGGCGUCGUCUUCUUCUGCUGCUUCCACUGGCAUGAACACCAUGCUUGCUCAUGCCGCUGGAUUUGCCGCCGCUGGUCAGGUUGAGAACCUGGAGAACGUGGAGUCCUCUUCUUCUGAGGAGCCUGUCUCCUCUUCCGAGGGGCCCACUUCGUCUCCUCCCCCUCCUCCCCCCACUACCUCCAGUAGCACCCCCCCUCCUCCCUCUACGACCUCGAGCAGCACUCCUCCUCCCCCUCCCCCUACGACCUCAAGCAGUGCUCCUCCCCCUCCCCCUACGACCUCGAGUAGUGCUCCUCCCCCUCCCCCUACUACUUCCAGUACUCCUCCUCCUCCUCCCCCUACUACUUCCAGUACACCUCCCCCACCUCCUCCCACUACUAGUAGCACCCCUCCUCCUCCUCCUCCUACUACCUCUACUACUCCUCCUCCUCCCCCUACUACUUCCAGUACUUCUCCUCCCCCUCCCCCAUCGUCGACCUACGUGCCCCCUUCUUCCUCUCCUACUUCUUCCUACGUUUUCCCUUCUGCGGAGCUAGCUAAGGAGAUGGCCCAGCUGAUGAUGUUCAACGCCGAGUCUGCCACUGUGGUCUCUUCCACCUCUUCCACUAAGGUGUCGACAUUUUCUUCGUCCAAGACCACCUCGACGUCUUCUUCGUCUUCGCGGUUGUCUUUGUCGUCCACCUUCAAGCCCACCAUCAAGACUGUCGCUCACCUACGAAGUCAUGACUCGGCUGCCAUGAACGUGGCCAACAACGGAACCGUGGGCGUGGCAUCGUCGUCGUCUACUCUGGCCGCGACCUCUGUCUCUGUCCAGGAGGCUCCUGCCGCCCCCACUCCUCCCCCCGUCACUGUUCCCCAGGGCGUGGCUACUAUUGAGGUUUCCGCCAACACCUCGGGCUCUUCCAAGCUGGCUGUGCCGCUUAUGACCCUAGUGUUGGUUCUGCUUCUUUAG